CGUGCGCGCACCGAAUGUUUAUUAUACAGACGCCUGCGCAGCUCCCUUGCAUUUUGUUCCGAUCUAACGACACGCGCGCUUGCCCGCACGCAGCCUCCGGUGUAGCCGCAUUUUCGAAAAAUUAAAUUACAAUCCAAAAGGAUUGUACUAAAUAAUUAUUUUGAGAAAAAUAAUUAUUUUAAGCAAACUUUUAAUGUGUAUUUUAAAAGUGUAGUGUAUUUGACUGUAGUAAUACAGAGUUAUUCACUCGAUCUAGUGCAAUUAAGUUGGUGGUUUUGGACGCUUUUUUUUAGUUGGUGAAGGAAUAAGCGAAAAUGAACGGUCCAAAUACAAGCAUGUCGUUCGUCGACUCAUAUAGAAAAUUCAUGGAGCGCAAUAGCGAUCCUCGGACGGAGAAUUGGUGGCUGAUGUCUGGACCAGGACCUCUGCUCACCAUCCUCGCCUCCUACAUCUACUUCUGCACCUCUGUCGGCCCUCGCUACAUGAGGGAUAGGAAACCAUAUGACCUGAAGAACACCAUGAUACUGUAUAAUGUCUCACAAAUCUUGAUGAGCAUAUACCUGGUUUAUGAGGGCAUGGCAGCAGGGUGGUGGAACGACUACAGCUUUUCAUGCCAGCCUGUGGAUUACUCGAACAGUCCCAAGGCAAACAGGAUGGCAGCUGCUGUGUGGUGGUACUUUGCUGCUAAGAUCAUCGAGCUUCUGGACACGAUCUUCUUCGUCCUAAGAAAGAAGAACAGGCAAAUCACCUUUUUGCAUUUGUACCAUCAUUUCAUGAUGCCUAUCUGCGCGUGGAUCGGAACUAAAUUCUUGCCUGGUGGCCACGGCACUCUUCUUGGAGUGAUCAACUCUUUCAUCCACAUUAUUAUGUACACUUAUUACCUGAUCUCCGGUCUUGGACCCCAAUACCAGAAGUACCUGUGGUGGAAGAAGCACCUCACCACGAUGCAGCUGAUCCAGUUCUGCAUCAUCUUCUACCACAACUUCAGCGUUAUGUUCUGCGAAUGCAACUACCCCAAGGUUAUAAACUUCUUGCUUUCGCUCAACGCUGGUCUCUUCCUUUACAUGUUUGGUAACUUCUAUUACGUAAACUACAUCAAAAAUAAGACGACAGUCCAAACUCCUCAGGUUACAAGUGAAAAAGCGAAAGAGAGCUAAAACAAAGACUUUAUAAUUAUAAUUGUGAUCGUUUUAGUUUAGUUAAAAUGCAGCUAGAUUGUGUCUAGCUCCUUUAUGUGAUAGAUUUGUGUUAAAGAUUUUGAAACUGUGUGCCUACUCACUUUUGUUGCUCAUUAAUGAUCCUAAGAUUUUUUGAUCUUUGCUCAAUUUUGAUCCUUCUCUUUUUCGUUGUAUUUUUGUCAAUUUAAUGUUACUCAUAUCUUUACGCUUAUACAGAGGGCUUAAUACGAGUUUCAUUUACAUUGAACGAGGUUGAAACGAGACCGCGUUCCUUGCCAUGAUUGGCCGGCUGCAAUAAACCAACCAAUCAGAGCGCCGAACGGGCUCUCGUUUCGAUUUCAUUUGACAUAAAGCAAACUCGUACUAAAGCCCUAUUUAUUAUUUAAUCCAUUAUUUUGACUUAUAUUUUGCUUUACACAGAAUUUUUCAAAAUCUGUAACACAUAAUUAAGUACUAUGUUAGUAAGCAUAAUAGACUUUUACUAUGUUUUAUAGGCUAAUGACUGUAUAUUUGUACAAAUAGUUUUAAUAUUUGGUUAAGGUAUUAUGUUAUUAUUGAAUCAAUGAAAUAUAUUUGAUUAAUUAUUUGCCCUUAUUUCACAUACAAACCUGUAUUUUGAUAUACAAGUAAUUGUUAUGACAAAUUCUUUUAUUAUUUUAUCAUAUAUGUACGAGUAUAUAUAUGACUUAUUUAUUGAGCAAUAUACUUAGAGGCUUUUCAUUCUGCCGAUCUUAUUUUUCCUAAUUUAUUUUAUUCUUCAAUUUAAAUAAUAUUUUGUUUUCUUUUUAUGUUUUGUGAGAUUAUUCAGUUCGUUUAUUUAUUUUAAUGCUGAAUAAAUAAGUGAUACCUAUAUAGAGUUACCAAUAUUUAUAUAAUUUUUGAUACGAAUUGUUGCAAUUGAUGAAAUAAAUCUUUUUAAUUCGUGAAAUACUACACAAAUGUCAAGGUAUUUACAUCCUUAUUUUUGUUACCAUUAGAUGUAAAUUAAGCGAGCAAGAUAAUAAUAUAAUAUCAACAAAAGAGUUUGAGAAAAACAAUAUACAGUAAAAUGAAAGUUCAGUUGAAUUUAAUUUUACCUUUGUUUUAUCUACUAUUAGUACAAUUCAAUAGCAAUUUAUUAGGUAUACUUUUUUAUAAGUUUGAAACCAAAUACUUAGCAAAAGUAUUUUAUACUUACCGAAAUGUGACAUUUUGUAUCGAAUUUACCAAGUCUGUAAAUUUAUUUAUGUUAAAAAAUAAUAUAAUAAUUAUUUUUUCCCGACAUAAACAAUGCAAUAAGACUUGUUAGUUUAUGAGGAUUGAAAUAUAUGGGUAAAUUGA